CUGGAUCUCAGCGCCUCAAGGGGGGGAUGAAGGAUGAAACUAUUAUUACUCUUAUUAUUAGUUACUACGCAGCGUAUUAUUUCAUUAUUUAUUUUGUUGAGGGCGGCGGCUUGUUCCUUGUUCCUACCAGGCAUUGUACGGAGUUAUUAUUAUUGAGGUAGUUAGGUUUCAUUUUCCGUGUGUUGUCUGCUGUCUGCCUGAGAGAUUGUUCAACUUUCCUCCACAGUAAGUUACUCCGUACGCUGUUGUAAAUAAUAAUAAUAAUAAUAAUAAUAAUAGCUCCAACGUGUUGUUCACAGGGCCGGGAGCUAAAUAUUUUAGUUUGUUGCCUCACCACCACCAGAUUAAAUAACUUCUGCUGCAUCUUCCUCUUCCUCUUCCUCUUCCUCCUCUUCUUGCUCUUCCUUUUCUCCUCUCCUCUCCUCUCUCUCUCCACCUCCAUCCCUCUCCAAUUCCCUCCCUACCCUUCAGCCCAGCUCAACAAAACACACCCAUGGCGAGAGCUCACUCCGAGUCCUCCGAGGACUUCGAGUUCAUCGAGACUCCCGCUGCCCCAUCCCCUUCUCCCCCGUCAGACAGCUGUGGUGUGCGGACCACGUCGUAUCCCGCCAUCAAAAAUGCCCCCUUACCAGCCGACGGCGCCGGAAGUGACAGCUUCUCCAACGUCCUCCUCAUCUCCCUCCUAGUCCUCAUCCCAGCCUACUUCGCCCGUCAAAUCGGCGGCGGCUUGUACACAACCGUCUUCCUGGCCCUGUUUACCUCAAUCCCCAUCCUCAUGGCGUUCUGGUCCGUCGCUUCCUCCAUCUCCCCUCGCAAAAAUGAGAAGGCCAAAUACCCCGGCCGCCCCGUCGAACACUACCUGCACUUCCACAACGAGCAUGACCGUGCCAGGUACCACGGCAAGAGCAAGAUCCCAAUGGAGACCUUCCAUGAGAUGUACUUUGACGGUGUGGUGGAUUUCAAGGGUGAUUGUCUUGAGGCCUUGGAGUAUCGCCAUGAUUGGGCUGCUUUCCGCUUUACGAUGAGCUUGUAUAAGUUCUUUUUGACGGGCAUGAUUCCGGAGGUUAUCAUGCAUACUCGUAGCCAAGAUGAGGAGCAAGUCCGUGGCCAUUAUGACCGUGGUGAUGACUUCUACGGCUGGUUCCUGGGCCCACGCAUGAUCUACACCUCCGGCAUCAUCAGCGACAUUACCAGGGAAGAAACCCUCGAGGAACUCCAGGACAACAAACUCGCCAUCGUCUGCGAAAAGAUCCAGAUCAAACCUGGUGACAAGGUACUAGACCUAGGCUGCGGCUGGGGCACGCUCGCCAAAUAUGCCAGCGUGCACUACGGCGCCCAUGUCACCGGCAUCACUCUCGGCCGCAACCAGACUAAAUGGGGCAACAACGGCCUCCGCAAGGCCGGAAUCGACGAAUCCCAGAGCCGCAUUAUCUGCUCUGACUACCGUGACUGCCCCGCCGUCCCCGGCGGCUACAACCAGAUCACCUGUCUCGAGAUGGCUGAGCACGUCGGCGUGCGCCACCUGGCCUCCUUCUUCUCACAGGUCUACGACAUGCUGAACGACGACGGCGUCUUCUUCCUGCAGAUUGCUGGCCUGCGCAAGGCGUGGCAGUACGAGGAUCUGAUCUGGGGCUUGUUCAUGAACAAGUAUAUCUUCCCGGGCGCGGACGCUAGCACGCCGCUUGGCUUUGUUAUUGAUCGGCUUGAAGGUGCUGGGUUCGAGAUUAGGGCCGUUGACACCAUUGGCGUGCACUAUUCCGCGACGCUAUGGCGGUGGUACCGGAACUGGGUCGCUAAUAAAGAGAAGGUACAGGCCAAGUAUGGCAAGAGGUGGUACAGAAUCUGGGAAUACUUCCUUGCCUACUCCACCAUCAUCUCGCGCCAGGGCAGCGCCACCUGCUGGCAAAUCAUGGCUGUGAAGAAUAUCAAUUCCACCCACCGCAUUGAGGGUAUCCCAUCUCAGUUCGCCCUGACGGGUGCCCGCGAGGCGAGCAUGAAGGCUGUUGGCAAUGGAUCUGUGCCCUCGGCUCAUAUUCCUGCUAAGGCGUGAGUGGGAGUUUGUUUAUCUUGAUUAUUGAAUGAGGUUGUGUUUGAGAGUUGGGAUCGGUUGGAUGAGGAUGGGGAUGGGGGGCUGAGCUACUUUUGGUGGUGUUGUGAUAUGUAUAUAUAUAUAUGUGUGUGUGUGUGUCGGAAUAAAUAGAAAGGAGGGAAUGGGUGGGGAGGAAAUAAAUAGAAAAGGAAGCGGGGUGGGAAAAGUGCACGCGUGGCACUAAAGAAAAAAACAAAGAUACAAAGAUAAGAAGGGAAGUAUGGCAAGGCAAGGAAAAGGAAUGUAUCUCAUUUUAAUAAGUUUAACUACCCCGGCCACAUGAGUCGUCGAAUUAUUCUCUGUUAUUUCCCCCCAGAUCUCCUAAGAUUAUGUUUCCCUAUUUUAUUUCUUAAAGUUGGGACUUUUUCAUUUCAUCUUUCCCACUACACUAGCACUUAUGAUAUAGAGCUUGCAAGAUAUUGGAAACUUUUGGCUCUGAGAUGGGCUUCUAUGUUUUACUGAUCUAUUUCGUAUAGAUAUGUAGUAUUUUUUCUGGGUAUCAUUGGGGAAUUCCUAAUUGUAAAACAUGCACUAUUUAUGAUAAAGUUAGACUUGCUUGAUCAGAGAACAAUAGGUCUAGAUUAUCAACAAUUCAACAAUUGUG